GGAUAAUGAAAUACAUAGAUGGUAGUUAUAAGAAUUUCUAUUUCAACAAUGUCUACGAUGUAUGCAAGAUUAUGCGCUCGAAACGCAAUGCCUUGCUGGAGUUUGUUUAUCAACAAGCAAUGCCGUAUACAAAUUUCAAUCAUACAUGUCCUUUUUACGAGACUUAUUUGCAUGUGAAGAACCUCCGUUUGGAUGACAGCAAAUUGCGUCCAAUGAAAAUGAUAAUGGAUGGAAAGUAUGCCUUAAUCGGUACAUGGAUGUCAAAUAAAAUCAAGCGUCUACAACUUGAAUUGUAUUUUACAUGGCAAAAAUGAAUGAAGAAACUUUUAUGGCAUGCAAGGAGAAUAUAUCAUAUAAUUCGUGUACAUAUUUCAUGUGUUAAAUAAAGUGUUCCAGCAAUGAUAGAUAUGCGGCCAGACAGCACUGAAAAUUUUUAUUUAUUG